AUGGCAAAAAGGAACCGCACUGGAUGGCCAAAACAAGAGUCUAUGGAGAAAGUGAACUUGAACAGGGACAAGUUCAAAGAUACAUGGGACAGUACCAACUACAGCUUUGAAAGAGAUCGUACAUAUGGGUUUUCAUGGCCUCAAAGAAACUACAAAUGCAGCUUUUGCAAGAAAGAGUUCAAGUCUGCUCAGGCUCUUGGGGGUCACAUGAACAUUCAUAGGAGAGAUAGGGCCAGGUUGAGACAGUCACCUUCAUGGGAUUGUCCUAAUAAUCCUAACCCUAGCCCUAACCCUAGCCCCAGCCCCAACCCUAAUUUUUCAUCAUCUUCUCAUGCAGCUAGGUUCUUGCCAUACAUGGCUUACAGUUCCUCUCUUACACCAUCUCUGACUUCUUUCUCUUCGCCAUCCUUGGCCUCGAUGGACGAAGAAAAGAUGCCGCUCAUUGCAGUUUCUCAGCAUCAUCCCAUAAGGCCUCACGACAAAAAUAUUAACAAAAAGCCAAGCAAGGGAGCUUUUGCUGGGGUUGGAGAGUUGACAGGGUUUUCAGAAGAAAAUGAUUAUAGGGUUUGGAAGAAAAGAGAAAUUGUUAGCUUGGACUUGGAGAUGGGUUUGCUCCCUAAUGGAAAGGAGGAUUUGGAUUUGGAACUUCGACUAGGGAACUCUUAG